CACACACACACACACACACACAGUGGCGCAACCAGCAGCCACACGCGCUCUGUCUCUCUAUCUGUCUCUCUCUCUCUUUCUCCUCCUCUCUGAGAAUGGUCCACCCGGUGCCUGAGGCUCUGCUGUCGCGGCCUGCCGCCCGUGUCUGAUCUCUCACACACAUACGCGCACUCAAUAGUAAUCAUGAUGUGAGAGGUGGGUACUAAGUAUCGUGCCCUCUCUUGCGUCUGCCGCUGCUUGGAGCUGCUUAUAGUACCAGCCUCAGCUUUCCUGCCUGCUUGCUGCCCACAUCAGUGAAAGACUUGCCCGCACAACCCCACAAUCCCUGUGACCCCGAACGACCCCUACCUGACAGAGCUGAAGUGGGCACUAUUGAAUCAGCCAAUCAGAGUCAAGAAUUUUUGCUUUGGGAUCCAUUACUGCAGUUCAGUUUUUCCUUGAAGCAACAUUUUUUUGUUUGUUCUUUUUCCUUUGGCCUGGCGUGUAUCCACGAGGAAAGGGGAGCUUAAUGAUCUAAGAAAGAGAACAUUAGCAAAAAGGACAAACUACUUUUGACAAAACACAAGCACACCCAAAGCACUUUGGGAUUUUAAGGAACUGAAGUUUGCUUGCCGCUAAAGCGAGAUGGCGAUGAAUAUGGCUCACAUGCGGGACACGAAAUGGCUGACGCUGGAGGUGUGUCGAGAGUUUCAGCGGGGAACGUGCUCACGCUCCGAUGCUGAGUGCAAGUUUGCGCAUCCUGCCAAGAGCUGCCAGGUGGAGAACGGGCGAGUCAUUGCGUGCUUUGAUUCGCUGAAGGGUCGUUGUUCCAGAGAGAACUGUAAGUACCUGCACCCUCCUCCUCACCUGAAGACUCAGCUGGAGAUAAACGGCCGUAACAAUCUGAUCCAGCAGAAGAACAUGGCAAUGCUCGCCCAGCAGAUGCAGCUAGCCAAUGCCAUCAUGCCUGGAAGUCAGCUUCAGCCAAUGCCUAUGUUUUCGGUCGCGCCAAGCCUUGCAACCAACGCCAGUGCGGCUGCUGCAGCGGCUGCCGCGGCUGCGUUCAAUCCGUACCUGGGCCCAGUGUCACCUGGGCUGAUGUCGGCGGAGAUCAUGCCCAACACACAGAUGCUGAUGGCGGGCAACCCUGGAGUGGCAUCCAUGCCGUCCGCUGCCAACGCUGCAGCCGCUGCUGCUUCAGCUGUGGCUGCCCAGAAACUCCUCAGAACAGACCGCCUGGAGGUGUGUCGUGAAUACCAGCGCGGCAACUGCUCUCGUGGGGAGACGGACUGCAGGUUUGCCCACCCUUCCGACAGCACAAUGAUCGACCCCAGUGACAACACGGUGACGGUGUGUAUGGAUUACAUAAAGGGCCGCUGCUCCAGAGACAAGUGCAAAUACUUCCAUCCUCCUGCACAUCUGCAGGCCAAGAUCAAAGCAGCCCAACACCAGGUCAAUCAGGCCACGGCCGCCGCCGCCAUGACUCAGUCGGCUGUCAAAUCACUGAAGCGACCCCUCGAAGCCACCUUUGACCUGGGAAUUCCUCACAGUGUCAUGCCACCUUUACCAAAGCGGCCUGCGCUUGAGAAAGCCAACGGUGCCGCGGGCAUGUUCAGUACUGGCAUGCUCCAGUACCAGCAGGCUUUGGCCAACAUGCAGUUUCAGCAGCAAUUUAUUCCGUCAGGCUCAAUAUUGUGCAUGACCCCUGCAGCAAGCGUGGUUCCCAUGAUGCACGGCGCUUCCCCGGCCGCUGUGUCCGCAGCAACCACAUCUGCCACAAGUGUUCCCUUCGCAUCUGCAUCAGCCAAUCAGGACUCUUCUCUAUCAAAGCUGACUACCAACGAAUACAUGCAAUUGAUUCCAAUAAUAUCUGCAGAGCAUCUGACUAGUCACAAGUACUUGACGCAGAUGUAGUUCCAGUCCUCAACAAUCAAAGGAAUGUGCUGUUGUCCUGGACAAAAAGGCAAACAAACAGAAUUCAAAAUUUUAACAUCAAGAUCACCGGCGGAUAGAAUAUACUAUGAAGAUUAGAAUUUGGUCAUACAUGAUGGUAGAGUUUUACUAGAGUGAAACUGAGUGUCCUUCCACACGAUAUGUAGAAUUUGAGUGAAACUACAUCAUUAUGUCAGACAGGACGGCAUUUUUACUCUCAAGCCGGAUUAGUAGGAAAAGUUAUUUUCAUGUCUGACCUAACACCGUUUUGGCAUGUUAGUAGACCAAGAGAUAUUUUUUUGUGAUUCACACCUUGAUUAUCUUUCCUCGAAAUUUGUCUGAUGGUUUACAAAGGUUGCAAAAGGUGCGCCUUGAAUUGAAAAGCGAAUCAAAAAGUCGACAUGGCACAAAAACCUCCAGCGAAAUAAUUAAAUGUUUGUAGUUUUCUGUAUCUUUAGUUCUGGCUUCUAGUCAAACUAGAUUGUAAGCGAGAGUCGAGAUUGACAGAUGAAUGUUUUGGGUAGAAACUGAUCACCUGAGACCUUUCAAAAGCACAUUCUUGCAAGCUUUAUGUACCAUAACCACCGGCUGAAUACCAGACACAGAUCUAGAGUGUUAUAUCAACAGUGUUAUUAUGUUUACCAGAGAUUAAUGUUUUUUACAGCGCUUGUUUUUAUACAUAAUUUCACAAGUGUGGGUUUUUUAUGAAACGUGCCAUUUUUAUUUGUCGAUCAUCCAUUAGGCCUUGUAGAACUAAGAAGCCUUUUUGACUCCUAUGAGAACAGGGUUGCCUUGUUCCUAAUGCCCUGUUUCUUUAAAUUGCCUUGAUCGAGAGAAUGUCGCGAUGGAACGGAGAAGGCAUCGAGAGUCACCGCGUGUCUUUAGGAGGUCGUCGUCAAGAGCGCUUGCGUUCCAGUCUUUGUGAGGACUCUAAAAUUCAUGCUGGAAAAGCACUGCUUGAGUAUUUCGUUACAGAUUGUGGGUUCGAGACUAGGUACGCGGAAAGAUGAGGUUAGUGUUGGGUCAGGGUUUGUCUUCAGUUCUCAUUUGUGUUGAUUUCCAUUUGUUUUCGAAUAGCUCAUGACUUCUAAACAACGUCGUUUUGCCGCCGUACAGCGGAAAAGAGGAAUGGAAAAUAUAUAAUGAGACGUUUUUAACAUUAAGUUGUGCCAAAGUCGUUCUUUUUUUGUUUUAUUUAAACGUGUUUUGACUGGGUAUACUGAUUACGGAAGGUGAAUAAUUUGUAUAGCUUCAUUUUACGUACAAGGCUGCUUGUAAACCAGGAAACAAGAGUUUUUGCGCCACAACCAGACUCAAGAUUAAACUAAUGAACGCGAGGUUCUCGGCUCAUCUGGCUGGAAACUCACGUUUUCUUGAGUCUGGAUUUCAGCCUGGUUUAGGUGCACAGACUUGAAAGGAUGCACGCCAUCUCCGUUUCCUCACUAAAGCCUUAUUCAGUGUUUGAACCCACACAAACAUUCUCUCAAUCACAAAUGAAAAAAUGACAGCGGAUGAGAUUUUAUUCUUCACUCUUAUUUUACGUGUUUAUUAAUCAUGUUACACUUAACGUUCACUCUGUUCAAAGCCUUUGUUAGAAAUAUAUUGUGUUAUUGUUGGCAUACUAUAAAGAUUUUUUGUUUUUUUUGUUUUUUUGUAUUCGACAAUAUUGUCAUAGAACUGUUUUAGAAUGUAGGAAAUGAAAUAUUGUUUUUCUUACUGUCACUUUCUUUUACAUCAUUUUAAGUUCAUAAUGUUUAGCUAGUAGUGUUGUAUUCUUAAUUCUUCAUGGUAGUUUUCAUGGUAGAAUUUUAGAAAUUUCAGCUCUAAGGAUUUUGGUUUUGAAUUUGUUGAACAAAAUGUUUUAUCUUGUCUUAAAAGAGAGUGAAAAACGACAAAGAAAGAGUUUAUUUGUAGCUUUGGUAAGGUUGAUAUUUUAACCCUUUAAUUCGUGUCAAAUCAAGACCACGUCUACAAUUAGCUGGUUGACGUAUCAAUUGUACGUGAUAGAGUAAAAGAAGUUAUUUUCUACUGUAUGCAUUUCAGAAUUGAAAAAUCGUAUUGUAAUAUUUCAACAAAAAGAAAAAAACAUCCCUCAAUGCUAGGCCAAAACAAGCAGCAUCAGAGAUUUCUGAUUAUUUAAAGAUGAAAAACAAAGGAGGGAGGUCAAGGGGUCGGGCCUCGAGCUGCAAACGAGAGAGAGCCAUAACUUAAGGGACGAAGGUUGACUUUUUGCACUUCUGUACAUAGUCAAUAUAAAGAAAAGAAAAGGAACAUGUAUAAUAUUGAGAUCUUAUUUUGAAUAAUAAAAGAUUCUAUAACUAUGAGAAAUUUUCUUAGGAUAAUUUAAGAACUAGUAUAAUAGUCCAGCUAACAAAUGAUGCUUGCAGAAAUAUGGCACAGCUCUUUUAUUAUCAUUUCCGGCCAUCACGUUCAGUAAAUAAAAAAAUCAAGCUCCGCGUUGCCUGCACAGCACCGACACGUACCGAGAGUCUGAAUUGGCAGUAGGCUACACUCCGCCUCGUCAUGAUUUCCACUGUGGGAAAUUCAGUUUUUUACAAAUAUUACAAAUAGAUACACCUUCAAAAACACAGUAUUUGUCAUAUGAUGGACAUGAAUAACUGCAUGAAGAAUAAAAAUUAACAGUAAAACUCUCAUAAUAGAUAAGUACGUAGAUAAGUUAAUUUCUUACAGUACCGUAACUAUCAUCGCCACAGCAUAGUGUAAAUCAAGUAUCUCGAUCGAUAUCUGAGCCUGAAUUGAGGCGCGUUCACCGGUAAUCCAUCUGAGUAUAACCGUAAGAACAGUACAAUUAUAAAAAAAGGCCUUCAAACCGACUCUAGAUGCUAGCAAAAGACGUCCACUUAACACACGACAACACAAGAGUUGCUUUGUUAUUUGUAACGUGCCUUCAGCAGGGAAAGGACACCAACCACACAACGGAAAAAAAAAACGAAACAAAAUGAAUGUAACUGUCAAAUCCUCCGCUGAGGUCAGCGUUUUACUCAUUCGAGGUUGCUGCACAAGAGCUAUUAAACCAAAGCAUCACUUUCCUUCACUAAACACAAUGCCUAAAAGCUGGUCGGUGAAACCACAGGUGGUCCUGCCUGCUGAAAGCACUUGCUUGGAUGCUUAACGCCCUCCAUGGAAUCUUACACCUGCCCUUUGCUUAUAGUUGCUGUAAGAUAUUGUGCUGCAUUCUAAAAGACUUGUUUUAUGCACAUUUAUUAUUGUUAGAAUUGACUCUUACUGUUAUGAAUUGGAAAAAAAACCUUAAUAAAACAAAAUGGAUUUGCUCAAGA